CAUAUCAUUCUGAAACAUGCGGAUGAAGAUUACCCGAACUUUACAAAUGGUAAUUAGACGAUCAGCCAAUAACACUGAUAUAUGAAAUACAGCACUUGAGAGAAAUCCCAUCCAUCGAAAUGCGGUAGGAAAUAUCAAAACAACUCUUACCUUACAUUAUUCUUACCCGAUAAGCACUAUCCGAUUAUAUUUUGCGUAUAGUUUUAUGCUUGUGACAAAAAAAUGCCAUCGACACUGUUUUCUAGACACUUUUUCAACUUUGGCCGGUCGCCGAUCGCACAGUAGCCUACAAGCAUGCAUUGCAUGGGUUUUUGAGCCGACAAUAAAAACCCGUCAAGGAACAUUGAACAUUCUCCACCAGGAAAACCUAUAAAGUUGCAAGCAACUCUGCAUAUUGCACACUGCAACAGUUCUGAUCAUGCAACUGCAAUUCUAUAGAAAUGUAAGUGUAUUACAGAUUUACAUGUAUACAGCGCUUUUGCAGAUGCGUGUUUUGGAUUCGACAAUGAUUUACAGUCUCCUAUAGCAUCCUGAAAUUCAUGACAAUGUCGGUUUUCAAUUUUGAAUUUUAAAUUAUCAAAUAAAUCAGAAUAACAACUGCAUUCAGUGGACUUCAUCAUUCCAGGAAGAUCUGCAUGUUCAAAGCAUUUGAAAAUUGAAUGCAUUUGCUGAGAGCUGAAUAGACCGAUUGUCAAAAACCUGGCAAAACACUCGCAAUUUUUCAGUCAUCUCAUAUUUGCUGGUGUAUGUAUCACGCUAUAUUUUUGGCUGGAAAAUGGUGAAGCUUAUACACAUUCAAGUUUUAAAGCCGCGACGGCUUGGUCACACUACACAACGAUACGAUAACUUUUUUGCAUCCCUUGUCAAUGAUGCCGGUCAACAACUGAUGAUUCCCCUUAUUACGUUUUCGUAGCGCUUUGCAUUGUGGUUAUAGUGGUAUCACAGUAUCACUGAUAAAGAUAGCGGCCUCGAAUGAAAAUAUUGAAUGUUUUCGCGAAUAUUUUGCUAUUGGCUAUCGCGCACCUGACCCUAGCUUUUAUUAAAAGUUCUUGCACGGGUCAGGACAAAAAAUAAGCCAUCUUGAAUAUCAGUGAUACCACUAUAACCACAAUGCAAAGCCCUACGAAAAUGUAAUAAGGGGAAUCGUCAAUUGCUUGUCCUCGAAUUCCUUAAAAGUGCUUAUUGAUAAAUUAAAAAUCAAUUUCAAGGGCACUUGAACAGUCCUUGAAAAUACAAAACUUGUUAAAAGUGCUUGAAAAUUACCAGUUUAAAAUUUAUCCAAGCAUGAAAUUAUCAUAUUAAUUUUAUCAUGCAAAUUGCAUUUAUCAUUUGCUAUUGAGUUUUUUAAAAUAGUUUUUAAUACAUUGGUACAUCAGGAAGAGACGAUUAUAUUGACCUAUGCAUGCAUGGCUAUGCAUUUUUAUGUAGGAUCAAUAUGCUGUACAGCUGCAAGUGUUGAUGGACUUUUGUUUUGCUCCGUUGCAAGUGAUAAAUCCUUGAAGGUCUUUGAUGUUAUAAAUUUUGGUAAGCAUGCAGUAGUCUGGUACCUCAGGAAGUUCUAUAUGUGAUACACACACUCAUUUAUAUAACUUAUAUUUUAUAUAUUACAUUCAAAUGAUUCUGGAUACCUGCAUGCAUGGUAAACAAACUGCUCAGACUUGCAGAAGUUGCUUCAGGAAUAGAAUCAACAAAAAUAUGUACUUGAGUCACAAAUUUAUCAUAUUACGUUCACUGUCGUUGUUGCAUUAUUAUGACACCUUUGAAUAAUAUUCCCGUACCUAAAGCUCCAAAGAGGCAUCCUAAUUUCUUGUCGACAGUUUGUCGUCAGUGAUUUUUGACGCUCUACUUUAAUUCGCAAAAAUAAGAAUACUCAAACGGGGUAUUAGGUACAGUAUAUAUACAGUACAUUAUCCAGCUGCCUACAGUAUAUAUUACUAUAAAUUAUUUACUUUACUAUUGAUUGUGAUGACAAAAUUAACGUUAAGGUCUAGAUCUUCAUAAUUUGAUACAAUUUUGUGUAGAUAUGAUUAACAUGAUGAAAAUUGGAUACGAACCUGGACAAUGUGAGUGGAUAUACUCGCGUGGAGCUGUCAUUGCAGCGUUGGCUUGGUAAGAAUAAAGAGCGUAAGAUACGUUAUUUUUUUAUUUGUGUACGUUAUUUUAUGAAUUUCUGCAAUUUGAUUGCAUGGCUACGCAAGCGGGCAGCUUUUUCAGGAGAGUUGUUUUUAGCAACAAACCGAGGAGUGAAGACAAUUUUCAAACUCAAAACAUUACCCAAAAAGUUGAAAAACGCUCCUAUCGAUACUAAAGAUAGUAAAAUACAGUGAAUUGACUUUAAUCAUGGACUUAUUGCUAAGCCCAAAAUGUACUUUUUCCGACCGAAAUGCGAAACAACCCCAAAUAUAAACAUGGAAAAACACUGGCCAGUGCUUUAUUUGCCCCACAUAUAUUCAGCUAGUCUUCGCAAAAUAUACGUUUAAAUAUAAAUACUGCAACAUACAACUUGCCUUAAAUUAAACAAACAAUUAAAAAGAUGUCUUAAACGGCCAGCAUGAGCGCCUCCUUUGAAUUUCCUAUACGAGUAAAUUGUCAAACACGUCCGAAAUUAUCAAUAUAUGAUAAUGAAUACAUUCGCGACACAUGUUGAGCCCUAUAACCCUAACAUAAUCUCAAUCUAACCCUAAUCUAAUCUUUAUCUUCAUGACACUAAUCUAAUCUUGAUGACCUUUUUUUAAAUUUUUUUAAUAAUCUUUAAUGAGGCCUCGGGAAAAUAUUUUUCCAGUACGGCCGUCCUACCCGGUAUAUAACAUAUAUCUAUAUAUAUGAUCUAUUAGCUUAUCUCGCGAAGGCCAAAAUCCGCCAUUUUUGGGGUACCGUCUGUCCUCGUGAAAGAUUCUACGCAGUUCAAACAACGUGAGAAGCGACUUUUAAUAGUUGCAACUUAAAUUUACCAUUAUACGAACAGUUAUAAUACUAAACAGUUGUAUGUCGUGGUGUGGAGUCUGUCAAACGUGGGAGAGGCAGUACUCCCCAAAUGGCGGGAAAAUCGGCCGUGAUAAAGGCUAAUUACGCAGACGUGACGAAAACCACACGCUAAAUUGACAAAAAUAUGGAUUUUCUUCUUCUUAAUAAAGACGAACACAGAUAAGAGACGUAAGUAACUGUUUUUCCGUUACGUCCGCGUAGUAAAUUACUGACAUCUUAAGCUAUACUCGGUCUAUUAUUUAUAUAAACGUUGCGCAUCAAUAUAGUAAGUAAAGAUAUAGUAAAUGUUUAUUGGGAGUGAGGUUUUUCAAAUUUUUUGUAUUGUAUUUUCUCUUAGUUCUGAGAAAGAUUCGGGAAAGAUACACAUUUAUGAUGGACGUGGUAAUAAUGUUCCACUUCACACCAUUGCCAUUCAUACCAAACCUAUUACUUUUAUAAAGGUAUUAUUUGAUUCAGUUCAGUUGAAUGCAUGCAUGACAAAAUUCGAAUUGUGGUGUAUAUAGAAUAUAUAAAUGCAGGAGUAGUUGAAGUGGCUCAGAGAAGCUAUGCCCUCCUUGUUGGGGUCUUCAUGGCAUGGAAUUUUACCAAAUGCGUUCUCAGUACCGAUAUGGGGGUUGGGCCAAUAUUUUCGCAGAUUCCAUUAUAACCCGGAAAAUUAUAUUCUUAAUUAUUUUAGUAAUCUGUACUUGAUUAUUGUGAUCCUACAAUAUAUUAGAUAAUUUAUGAACAGUUACUAUAAUUAAUAUAAAAUAGCUUCCCUAUCAGUAUCUUUCAUUUCAAGUAAAAUCCUUUCUUCAAAAAACACUAUUAAAAGCGUGCAGUUGCUGGGACCAAAAAUUAAUACUGGAACUUUCUGUGUUUAUCAUGUUCUCACUCUCCACGCCUUGUCAUCUAUCCCACCCUUCGACAGUCCCCAAGUCCCAAUCCACCCCCUUGUUAGCGUUUCAGGAGCAAUUACACCACUGCAUGUAUAAAUGUACAGUAAUAGUUAAAAAUAUAAGUUAUUACAACGUACCUUAUGUAAUAUGCUGCACUAAAAUAGAUUUACAGUAAAAUUCCAGAUAGUUUGUACAUAUACACAGUAACAUACUGCGUAGCAGGUUUUGGGGGGAUUUUUUGCAGAUGGAAUUUUCGAACGCAAAUGUAUAUAGAUUUUUUUAGAGCUAACCAGGAGCAGUUGUGAAAAAUGCAACUAUAAGCCAUGCGGCAGAAAUCUAAUCUGUGGUGCCUGCGAUUCUAGCACGCCGCUCUAACCAACUCAACUACAGAGUUCAGUGGCUGAGCUUCUUAGUACCAAUGUUUAUAGAGUCAACGUGUCACUUUAACUACGUUAAUUAUUUUAUUUUCUUAUCUGUAAGUAUAAUUCCAAGUAUGAUGUGAUCGUGUCUGCGGACGAAGCUGGAAUGGUAGAGUAUUGGUCAGGAUUAAAGGGAGACUGCAAGUUUCCUCAAAAUAUCGACUUUCAAUACAAGACAGACACUGAUCUUUUUGAGUUCGUCAUGGUAAGUCGAAACGUUUUACAUUAUAUAGAUUCGCUUUUUAGCCAUGAAAAUAUACAAUUUUAUGAUGGAGAGAAUUGGCAAAGAAAGACAAUUAUUUUCGCAUUCAAAUAAUCUUUAACUAUUAAGUCUCCUGUCACUUCCAAUGCCAUGCACAAAGACAAUUUCUGAAAAAAUACAUUUAUUUAGCUUUAUUAUGGAAUGCAUACUGCCGGCUGAUGUUAGUCAAUAAGAUAUAUAUCCCCCCCCCCCCCCAUUGAAACUACAUUUGCUGAUGGGGCAUUGGAUUAAAAUUUUAGCGUCAUGAAUUAAAAUUUUAAGAUCUAAUGCUAAGCAUUUCUAUACCGCAAGUCGUGCCUAGCCUCCUUCGGUCAUAAAUAGUGGAAGCACUGCAUGGACGGUAGACAACCGUAGCUCAGUGACAUUCAGAAUCUAGUAUUCAUAUAGGUAAUCAUGCGAUGGCGAGUACAAUUAGGGAUUAAUAGUACGAGUGAUGUUUUGAAAUUUUGCCAAAAUUGGACGAGCCGCUUGUUUAUUAUUAGCAUGACAAAAUUGGAUAAUACUCAAUGUCCACAUCAUAUUCUGGCUUGCCAAAGUCCAGUCCUGACAGAAUUUCAACCUAAAUUUUGUGCUUUUGUUCGUAUUAUCAUUUAGUUGUUUUGCUUUAAAUUCCUCUAGGGCAAUUUCAUUUAUGUUUAAACUCGUGUUUAAAUGUGUUUAUGCAAUAAAAAUAAUUAACUUCAAGCACGAGUUGUGAUGUGGGUCGUUAAAAUAUGUAAAUUAUGCAUUUAUGCAGGGUUCAAUUUCAUUGACCAAUCAGAAGCAGUCUGUUGUCAUCGGGCGGGAGUUUGCCAUUUGCUGUGCUCACGGGCUGUGCUCACUUACAUACUGCUUCUCACACUGUGCACUUGAUUUCCCACCCACCCACCCGAUAGUGUUUCCCCCCUGCCCGCGGUGGCACCGGCUGCUUGCCUGGUUUUUGUUUUCAGGCUGCUUGCCUGUGGUCGCUGGCAGCUUGCGCCGGCCUACCUCCGGCUGCUUGCCUGCCCCUUGGGCUGCCUGCCUCCCCCCCCUCUGGCUGUUUGCUCGGGCUAUUGACCCCUCCCCGUCCGGCUGUUUGCCGGGUGUUCGGCUGCUUGCCGAUGUGUGUAUCUGUGCAUCAGCAUAUUUAAUUUCGUGAUUUGUUCGUCUGCUUGUACGUUCGUUUGUCGCCUCUCCAUUAGUCCUUAUGUCUGUCCGUGAAGCGCUUAUUGUCUGUUGUGUGUGUCCUUGGCACAGCGUAAAUGGUGGGGGUAGUCGUUUUUUGUCAACCUUGCUAGCAAUGUCCAGUGUUGUGUUCGUUAUUUGCAUUAUGCCGCAUUCGCUCGUCGGGCUUGCUCCCCGGCUAGUCCGGGUGAUUUCUUUUAGAUUGGUAUCCUGCGUUAUCCAGCGUUCUUUGGUUCCCCUUUGGUCGGUAGGUGCAUAUAGUUAGUUGUGCUUGGCUUAGUAUGCUUACCAGGUAAGAUAUCUCGUACGUUCAUGUUACUAUUCGUUCGGUGUUUUUUAUUAAUUCCGUCUCCACCCGUGGUGUGACGUUAGCUCUGUCCUUGGAGAGGCUAAUUCUUGGCAUCAUUGAUAUUAGUCAAGUCGGGAUGGCUGAAAGUCUCUUCUACCGAGAAGACAGCUGCGCAGAAUGGAGUUCAUCGUAAACCUCUCCAACAGACUUACACCCUCCAGAGAAUUACUUGCUUAAGCUCGAGUGCGUUAGAUGUUAAAUACCUUUCCGCCAUUUUGUUUGUUUUGGGAAAAUCAUUAAUUUUGUACUCCUCUAAACCAAUCAGCAUCCAGUAAUUUUGUCAUGCUAAUAAUAAACAGUGUAAUUGGCUCUCCUAUAACCAGAUGUGCCAACCUGAGGACAAGACAUGAAAGAAUUAUUUUUUCUAGUCCUAUAUGAUACUUCGAUUAAAAUAAGGUUAUUUUGUCAGAUUAUGCGCCAGCGAGAUAUGAUUGUUGUGAUUAUUGCUUUUGCAGUGGGUUCAUAUAUUUCUUGGGUUUCUUGCUCACUUUUUCACAGAGCAUUCAAAGGGUUGCUACUUAAUAUGGCUCCACAACUAUUUCGUCAAAUUAUCAUAUUGUAUUUUGUUUAGUGUAAAACAAUUCCAACAUCCCUGGCGUUCUCUCCUGACGGCAAGCUUUUCGCAACGAUGGCCACGGACCGCAAAGUUCGCAUCUUCCGAUUUUUGUCUGGUAAAAAAAAUCGUGUAUUUGACGAAAACCUGCAGGUGUAUACAGAUAUGCAGCAAUCCGGUCGACAUUUACCUGACAUGGAAUUUGGAAGGCGUAUGGCGGGAGAAAAAGAUCUUGAAAAGACUAAGAACUUGCGAUAUUCGAACAUUACAUUCGAUGAAAGUGGUUAUUUCUUAUUGUACGCCACACUUUUUGGCAUAAAAGUUAUAAACAUUCACACGAAUAGGUGUGUUCGUAUUAUUGGUAAGAACGAGAAUGUACGCUUUCUUAGUUUAGCGUUAUACCAAGGAAAACCUAGUCAGGGAAAAGCAGCUGCAACACUGGUAAGUUAUGUAUACAAAUUAUAUACUCAUUAAUCGGACCUGCGGAUAUAUAUAAGCUCACAAUACGUCUGAAUUAUUAAUGAUAGUAAUAAUAAUAAAUGUUUUAAUAAAACGCUUUGCAGUUAUACAGACCUGAAUUACACGCUUAAACUAGCUAUGACAAUGAGCUUUUAGAUAUAUUACGAAUAUAAAAUUAUCUACUGAACAAUAUUAAAUAAAAUAGUAAAUAAAACCUGUGCAUGCAGUACUUUAAUCGAGUUUCAUGCCUGGUAUCUAGAUGUACAUGUACUAUUUAAAACACGAGCAGGCGCCGUGUUUUAUCAGAUAUAAAAUGCGAGAACGCAUCUCGAGUGUUUUAUAUCUGGUAAAGCAUGGACUGUGAAUGUUUUAAAUGGCUUAAAAAACUACCCAUCUGAUGAGUUCAUAGGCGAAGUCAUUUUAAAACUAAACGUCUGAGCCGUGAAAAUCAAAACUAAAGUUUAUGUAAAUUAAUGAACAUAAUUUCUAUCACAUAUAAAACCACCGUGAUUUUUUUUUCCUUUAGGAAACUGAAGCAGCCGACAACCCCUCAUUAAACAAGUCAACAACGGAUCCCACCAUAUUUUGCACAGCGAACAAAAAGAAUCGUUUUUAUAUAUUUACCAGAAGAGAUCCUGACCAGAGGUGUGCUGUCUUAUUAUUUUCUUUUUGUGGUAUAAUAUUUCCUCUGCAUGUUUGCUUAUUUCGUUUCUCGCUGUCGUUUUCCUUUGCUUGUCUGGAGUUUGUCUACAUGGCAGUUGUAGUAAUGUUGUUUAUUCAGAAAACGGUAUGGGAUUAAUUCCAAACUUAUCUUGCCAAGAUAGCUUAUAAUAAACUAAACCUUUGUGCCACGAUAUUUUGUUUACAUGCCCAAGAGUGCCCAUAAAGUAAUGGCGUGAUGUCGAGGUCGACAACUUAAUCUAUUCUAAAUGAGCAUGCGCAGUUUUCGUUACCAACCAGCAAAUUCCCAGUUAAAAUCAUUGUACUGUAUUUAUCGUGGCGAAAUAUCUCAUUCUAGAUCACACAUUGUUUCUGUUAUGUAGUGCUGAAGGGGAUAGAGAUGUUUUUAAUGAAAAGCCGUCAAGAGAAGAAAUCUAUGCUGCUACGGAGGUUGGUUUUUUGCUUUCACGUAUUAAGUUAGUGGAUUAGUCCAUGCAUUAAUAAAAUUUAUCAACUCUCUAUAGGUGCAGAUGAGAGAUUAAGUCAUAAAUAUAUCAACUUCGUUCAUCAAAUAGGAAUUCAAUGCAUUGUGGGAAACAACUGGGGGAUUUACUAACCCUCGAUUUUUAUGAGGCGUAUGCACCUCCGAGGUUUACUAGAACAGUAUAGAUUUUCAAUUAGAACAGUAAAUUUUUACUAAGUUUGCGCAGGUGCCUUGCAUGGUUCUUCGAGUCCCGUUUGCGCCUCGCCCAUUUAGGGUCUCCGAAUAAUUAGACUUUAUAAUUAGACUUUGUACAUAUACUGUAGUGGACCCUAAUAAAGACAAUAAUAAUAAUAAUAACUUCAUUUCAUUAUAACGUGCACUAUUUUAGUGAAAUAUUUAAUAUUUUUUUGUUGUUAAAUUAAUGUGGGCUGUGAUAAAUUUGAACUCUCUUUAUGAAAAAUCUUGAAUAGUGAUAUAUGUUACAUCUUGAUCAUCACAAUAGUUUUUCGUCGUAUUUACAUUCCAAGCUUAUAGAUGCACGAUCUUGGGCAGAUUUUUACUUCAUCGUUUUGUUAACUAUAGAUUAGUCAGCUUGAAGCAUCGACGUAUACGUCGGGCAAUGUUACUUAAAUUUGCACUUAACAUUUUUUUGCAUUUUUGCAUCAACAAUUUCCCUAAAUCAUUUGCGUUAUACAGUGCUUAGAGUACAUUCGUGUAGUAUAUAUUUAUAUAUAGUUUGGAAAAACUAUGCAUUCUUUUUUUAGUCAAGUGGAGGGUUGGAUCGUGUUGCUGAGAGCGCUGUUAUUCAUACAACUAUGGGUGAUAUCCAAGUUAAGCUCUUUGUCAAAGAGUAAGUAUAGUUAUAUAGUAAUAAUGGUCAGCUUAAUUUAACAGAUCACAGUACAGAAACUGCAUUACACAAUAAUAAAAUUGUUUAUGGUUAUAAAUUAUUACAGUAGUGUCACCUCAAGGGAUCGCUGAUUCAUGCUAUAGAUUAUUUUCUUUGUUUUAUAUACUGUACGACUUUGGAUGAUCUGGAGGCUUACUGUGCCCAGGUUUAUGAUCAAAUUAAAAUAAUAAACAAUUAUUGGAUGAGGCCGAGCAUGACAUCAAGAAUUAUUCAGACCGAGGUCAAUGGUAUCUGCCGAAGCGAAGCUGAGGCGGAUAACAUUGACCGAGGUCUGAAUAAUUCUUGAUGUCAUGCGAAAGCCAAAUCUAAUAAUUGUUUUAUUAUACAUUUAAUUAAAGACAUCAGAAACGAUUAAACGAAGUUCAUUAAUGUUUCUAUUGUGAGCCAUUUUGUUUAUUUUAUUUUCGGGCGCUUUUGGGUUCGAGUUGUUGGCGGGGCUUGGGCAAGACAGCGUCCAAUAAUUUCUUUUUUGCAUGCAAGUCCGAUCCAAAAAAACUAUUGUUGGACGCUGAGCACGUCAGCAGCUGAAAUUGUCAAUGACAAGAAACAUUGUUUUAAUGUGUUCAAGGCAAGCAAGCAUGCAUGCAGAACCAUACGCGUCUUUGUGAUCAAUUUUAAGAGUGAUUUUCUGACAUUACUUUUCAAUUCGUACCUAUAAAAACUGUGAAUAAUUUUUAUUUCAUCUUUCUCUUCCGUUCGUGAAAAUAAAUAAGAGCUCAGUAGAGUUCAGAGUUGUUUAUUUAGAGCUCAGAGUUGUUUAUUCAGAUUUUGUGUUUAAAUUUCUGCACUCGCGUGAGCGUGCGGAAUGGACGUGGGCUCGUAUUCGUGCCGAUUAAUCUUUAAUCGGCGCAUCUGUGCGAUUAAUGUAUCAUAGGCGCAGUUUUUAACCAAUCGGAAUUGAGUAAAUUGACAAAAAUUAUAUUAUUAAAACAAUUAUCAAAUACCAAACUUAAUCAAAAGCAGUACAUAGCCAGUGCCUAUAUUUCAAUUGUAUUAUAAUAACGCUUUUACUGCAAUAUUUUAAUUUUGAAUUGAUAUUACACAUUUUAUGGCAAAUCCAAGAAAGAUUUGAUCAUGGAAAUGGAAUAUUGCAUUGUAAUAUCAAUUGGCCUAUUUUCAUGUCUUAGGUGCCCGAAGACAGUAGAGAAUUUCGUCGUGCACAGUCGAAAUGCUUAUUACAAUGGUCACAUAUUUCAUCGUGUUAUAAAACAGUUCAUGAUCCAGACAGGAGAUCCAUUGGGUAUGUAUUUUUUCGAACUAAUGCAUGUAUUGUCAAGAAGGUUUACAUUGCGUAUGUGAUGUGAUUUGUGUAAUGAUUACUGUUUGUUCUUACAUGCAUGCAUACGAAUACGAUUUUUGGUUUACAGGAGUCUCAUGCACAUGAUAUACACGCUCUCAUUGAGAUAGGAAUGUUCGGUAUGAGAAAUUUCCGGUAUCGGUAUACCGAAAAAAUUAUACCGAUAUUAUCGGUAUACCGGUUUUCCUUUGAUAAUUAUAAAGGAAAAUUAUUUAAUGGAAGUUUGAAGGAAAUUUUGAGUAAUUCUAAAAGGGAAAACGAUAAUUUCGAAGCUGUUUCGAACAUGUUUCAAACGACAUGCACGUACUCAGUGUAAAAUCUCAUUGAAGUGGAAACUCUAAAUCAUUGCAGUAGAAAGUUCUUUGAAUUGCCAUUCAGUAGUAAAAUAAAGGUUAUGGUUUCGCCAUAUAGUUGGUAAAUUUAACACGGUAUACCGAAAAAUUCCGGUAUAUCCGAAAUUUCGGUAUAUCGGUAUGGUUGAAUAUCCGAUAUCGAUACACCGAUAUUGAUUUAAUACCGAUAUUUUCGGUAUAUUGGUAUACCGAACAGUCCUACAUUGAGAGCAAUAGUUGUUUUUGACAUUUUGGCGCGGUCACUAAUUCAAUAUCAGAAACGUCAACGGAGUCACGUUGCGGCCAUUUAUGCAAUAGUAUGUCGUUAAAAAUACAUAUUUAUUCGAUUCGUCAAAUAAUUGCUGUUGUCUUCCAUUGGGAAAUAAAAUUCAUUUACAUUAAUUGCACACUUUGAGAUUUAUGCCUAGAGAUACACUGUAAAUUUUAAGGAGUUGAAUCAACUCUAAAAGUGUCAUUCUGUCACCGUUGUUCGUGACAGAAUAACUCUUUUGGACUUGAUUCAACUCCUUAAAAUUUACAGUGUAUUAAAUGAAAACGUGCUCAAAUCACACCCAAACUAACACAUAAAGAUAAUUUAUGUACAUGUUGUAGUAGAGCUAAACGAAUUUUAUUCGGAUUACAGAUUUUUGGAAUCCAUUAGAAUUCAUCUCUCUAAAUCUAUUAUUUCAAAAUGGAUACCCGUUAUCCCAGUUUUAUUUUGGUAUGUUUUGUAGGCGAUGGUACUGGUGGUGAGUCGAUCUGGGGUGGAGAAUUUGAAGACGAGCUUCAUCAUAACUUGCGUCAUGAUCGUCCUUAUACCCUAAGUAUGGCGAACGCAGGUCCAAAUACGAAUGGUUCUCAGUUCUUCAUUACAAUCGUCCCUGCGGUAGGUUUUGGAAUUACAAGAUGUUUUGUUAUACUACGUUUGUUUCUCUGUGUUAGCUUUAACGAAAGUUUCAGGGUUUAUUUGGGUGGAAUAUUUAUCAUGUCAUUACUCAAUGUCAGUGAUGUCAAGUAACGAAGUAAAUGUACUUCGUUACUGUACUUGAGUACUAUUUUUGAGAAGUGAGCAUGUAACAAAGUACUUUUGGAGUACUUUUACUUGGAACGAAGUCAGUUUAAGAAGUAACGUUUUACUUCGUUAUUAUUUUCAUUUUGUUACUUUCUAACUUUUGUUUAAUUUUACGUUAAUGACUCAAGUUGUUGAUUUUUUCCUCCACUUUGUUGACAAACACAAUAUUAAACACGAUUAUUUAUUUUUGUGGGAGAGGGGUUCGGGGUUGUGAAGAGUCCAUUUACAGUAUAUGACAAGCAUCAUGCCUACUCAUAUGUCACACUAGGAUGGUGCCAAUUAGGAUGGGCUGUGUUAUGCCCUGUGAUUGGUCAAAGCACAGAACAGAGUCAUACAAGGUUUUCAAUUGGUUCACAGUAUGUUUCACGGUUUGUUCACGUGAAUGUGUGCUAGCUGGCAGAAAAUGAUCUUUGACCUAUCUGUCAAAAUCUUUGACCAAACUGUCAAAGAUUAGGUUGAUAUAAACCAUAUCUACCUCCUCAUCUUACCAUCACACCUUGCCUCAUUAACUUAAAUUUAUAUAGGCUAUAAAUUUGCUUGAUUUAUUUCAUAUUUAUUUUAAUUUCGGGAUGCGUGAUACGACCUCUACAUGCGUCUGGGAUCUCUCGUUUGUGACUUACUUAUAAGCAUUAUUUAUUUAAUGGAUUUCUUAUAUCUUCAACUGUCUGGAAAGUAGACCAUGCCGUGAAAUAUUGUAUAUUCGGUGCACGCAUAUAAUGCGUGUGCUGUUUUGUGUCUUUUGUAUGUCAAUCCAUUGGAGAAGUCCCCCUCCACCUCUACACGCUACAGACAAUAGUACUUUUACUUUGUACUUCAAGUAUUUUUUAAGGAUACUUUCUACUUUUUACUUAAGUACGUUUUGCUUCCAGUACUUUUUACUCAUACUCAAGUAGUUUUAUUGUUAAUUACUUCUACUUUUACUCGAGUACAAAUUCAAAGUAAUUUAGGCACCACUGCUCAAUGUAUUGCUUCGCCUAUUUGAUUGAUCGAAAUAACCGAGCAUUUGUCUUCAAAAAUCACUUAAAGUGGUGAUACUAUUUUUCCAACUUGUCCAUGUUAGUUGUCCAAAUUAGCUAAAGUUAUUUCAGUAUUUUUCUGUAUAAAACUGAUUGUUUGUUUGGUAUACCGAUCAUGAAUAUUUGUUUGCAUUAGUGAAAACGAUGCAAAAACGACAUGAAUGCACUAUACUGUAUAUAUACUGUAGUUGCAAAAUUAUUCAUCCUUUUAAAAAGUGGCUAAUUGUUUUAAAAAGUCUCUAAUUGUUUUAAAAAGAUGCCGUUCAUAUUGUGCCCUGUAACACAGUCCACGCUGGUUUCUUUAAAUUUUUGUACUUUUGCUUCUAGCCGUGGCUCGACAACAAACACACUGUAUUUGGUCGUGUUGUGAAGGGAAUGGAUGUAGUUCAAGAAAUAAGCAACGUAUCAACUAAUCCAAGGGACGAUAAACCAUAUGAGGAGGUGAAAGUGAUAAAUAUUACUCUCAAGUAGGCUCAGGUAUUACUCUCAAGUAGCUGAAAACCGAUUGCGUCGUUACAAUAUUAGUACAAUAUUAAUCCGCUUCAAUAUUUCACGCCCGUCUGGGUAAGAACCCUUAGUAUAUAUGCAUGACAAACACUUGUUUAUGCAGCGACAUUAUUUGGAAGAUAAUGCCAAGCCCCUAAUUAUACACUCUUUUUAUAAUAACCCGUAGUCGUGCCAGUGCUAUGAAUUUUAUUACACUUUGUCUUCCAUGUAAAUAUACAUAAAUAUACUGUACAUACAGUGCUAUGAAUUUUAUUAUACUUUGUCUACAUGUAGAUACAUAAUUGUGAAAUCGUAUUCUCCAGGAUCGUAUUUCACACAAUAUUGUAUAAUUAUCUUUUUCCAACCAAAUUAAACAGUCGUAUUCCAAAAAGAAACACCUUCACUUGUAUGCUUAUUGCUUGAGGCAAAUUUUCGUUAUAUUUCGACUUGUUUCAAAUCUUCAUUAAACUGAGAAUGCCAUCAACCCCGAACACGCUGAGCGAUUCAUGUACCCUGCAUAGCGGCUCACAUGGGAGGGGAGGGGACGGAAAGGGGGGGGGGGAAGAGAGCACGCAUGAUAUCCACUGUUUUGCCAUUCCCGCCCACUUACUUAGCUGUGGGCUACGCCCACUUUCAACAGUUGUCAAAAUUGGCCAAUUACAAAGAUUGUUCACGUUCAUUUAAUUUAAUUUUAAGGUUAUUGACAUCCCCAAAACGGGUUUUUCAAUCACAAUUUACAGUUAUUAUGUACAAUUAAAAUUAUUCACAAAUUGUCUAUUCUAUAUUAAAAUUGUCAACUAAUUAUUGGUUACCAAGAUUAAAAUCUAAAUUCUAUAUUUCCAUCAAAAAGUCCUGCUUUUAAUUUAGAUUUAAAUUGUUGAUAUCAACAAUGGAUUUUAAUUCUUCGUACAAUGUGUUCCAGAUUUUGGUUCCUCUGUAUUUGAAUGUUCUUUGGCCGGUCGCGGUUCGAUACUUUGGAAUUUCAAGUUCAUUUUGGCUUCGUGUAGCGCGAUCAUGGAUUUGAUUUCUUUUUAUGAACUUGUGACCUAAGUACGGGGGUGCUUAACUAUGUAUGCAUUUGUAAGUGAGGACAGCAUCUCUGUUUUGUAGAUGCUCUUUCAUUGGUGACCAACCGAUUUUUUUUUUAAUAAAGGAGAUACAUAUUUACCGACAUUUCCUGAAAUAACCCUGACUGCAUUAUUCUGAAUUAGCUGGAUUUUCUUAAUGUUCUUUUCAGAU